AUGACAGUUCUGAGGCUGACCAUCAAAGUCCAAAAAAAUUUAAUUGUUCCGACCCAAGGGUCUGCUGUGUGCCAGGACCCUGGCGAUGUAGCACAACAGGAAGCAAAGCAAAGGGAAGCAGAAAUGAGAAACAGUAUCUUAGCCCAAGUUCUGGAUCAGUCAGCCCGGGCCCGAUUAAGUAACUUAGCACUUGUAAAGCCUGAGAAAACUAAAGCAGUAGAGAAUUACCUUAUACAGAUGGCACGGUAUGGACAACUAAGUGGGAAGGUAUCAGAACAAGGUUUAAUAGAAAUCCUCGAGAAAGUAAGCCAACAAACAGAAAAGAAAACAACAGUUAAGUUCAGCAGAAGAAAAGUAAUGGACUCUGAUGAAGAUGACGAUUAUUGAAUUUAAGAUGUCUAGAGACUGGGACUUCAUGGAGCAAUUCUAGGACAGAUAAUACUUGGCAGAAGUUAAGAUCUUGAU